AUGCGAUGGUGUCAUAAUGUAUACGUAAACUGUAGUAGUACCAAGUGCAUUACAAAAACGAGUAUUGCAACAAUUCCACUGUGGGCACCCAGGAAUGUCCAGAAUGAAAGCUUUAGUGAGGAGCUUCGUAUAUUGGCCAACCUGUACAGGGACAUGAAGAAAUUGGUAAAAGCAUGUAGAGGUUGCAUGUUGGCAACCAAAGUACCACCAGUAAAAUACCAACCGUGGCCAGAUACUGAGAGCCCAUGGUCCAGGAUACCUAUCAACUACGCUGGACCAUUAAAUGGCGCAUACUAUAUGAUCAUUGUGGAUAACUGUACAAAGUGGCCAAAGGUAUGCAGAUGUAAUAAACCCACAGCAAAGACAACAAUAAAGUUCUUAUUCAAGUUAUUUGCUCGAUAUGGUAUUCCAGACACAUUAGUUUCAGAUAGUGGAACACAAUUCACGGGAUAUAAACUAAGAAAUUUCUAA